AUGGCUCCCCUGGGUGAGACUAUCGCCGUGAUCGACAAGUCCGGCAAGGUAGUAAGCACGAGUAAACAUCUGUUCGGUGUUUUCAGCCAAGCCAAGAACGCUUAUCGCGAGAGAAAGGCCCAAGUCCAGUCCGAGCGGAACGCUAAGAUCGCCGAGAAAGAAGCGCUGAGGGCGUUGGAGAACUACCAUAUCGACGAGUCUUCCCGGAGGAGCCAUUCGCGACACCACUCGGGUCGCAGUCGGCAUCCGCGCGAGGGAUCGCUCUAUGAAGAAGACAUGCACUGGCAGGCGCCCCGCGGGACGUCAUACGCGGGUCGGCCAGGUGAAAUGGUUCGCCGUCACACCCAUGAUGUCGCCAUGCGCGAACCGGAGCGACCGCCAGCUAGCCGCUCUAAAUCCGACCCUCAGGUCGACAUGGACUUGGCAUAUGGCGACUUCCACCCUUCGUCACUGGAGCGGCAGCCAUCCCCAGACCAGGGCCAACUUCAAGUCCAAAGAAUCCAGGACCCCGAGUUAAACGGCCUCGUCAACCGGGCCCAGUGGCUGCUGGAGGAGGCCGAUUGCAUGCAACACACCGCAACCGCAACCAUCUCCCAUCUCCAGAAGAACCCCGAUGCCAUGGCUGCGGUGGCACUCACCUUAGCUGAGAUCAGCAACGUGGUCACCAAGAUGGCUCCGUCUGCACUGACAGCCCUCAAGACUGUGGCUCCUAGUAUCUUCGCUCUGCUUGCAAGCCCGCAGUUUUUGAUUGCCGCUGGUGUCGGCAUCGGCGUCACCAUUGUCAUGUUUGGUGGCUACAAGAUUGUCAAGCAGCUCCAGGCUGCCACCACGAACACCAUCAAAGCCCCAGCGGCGACUCCGGCAGUGGCUCCAGCCGGCCCUGAAGCACAGCCCGAGAUGGAGGACAUGAUGGAAUUCAACACUGAAUGCCUGAGCACUGUUGAGAUGUGGCGCCGCGGCGUCGCAGACGUCGAAGCCCACAGCGUCGGCACGUCAGUGGACGGGGAAUUCAUCACCCCUACCGCGGCAGCUAUGUCGGGCAUUGACGUGACCACAGCGCGGAUGACACGAGACCCACGAUUCAAAUUCGAUGACGAUGAUGAGCGGUCGAUGGCCUCUUCGCGGCGUUCC